AUAUUUUGUAUAUAAAUUCGUGUCAUUUUAAACAAAUCAGCACAACAUUGGACACAUCCACUAAAUAAACAUGCAUUUCUUACAACUUUUUUUAAUUGCUUCCGCCCUCUCGCUUAUAUCCUGGGCAUCCUCGGAGGCCAUUAUUACUCGUGAAUAUCUGCCACCUGCAAGCUCUCCAAGAUUUUUACACACGUCCAUCUACCCAGCAUAUUUUAAACCAUCUUACCAUAAUCAAUAUCAACAACACCAACAAUAUUAUCCUCAAUACAAUACUGGUUAUUAUCCUCAGUACUCCAGUGGUGUCUUAGGUGGCGGCCACUAUCAGCAGGGUAUUGGCAAUGGUCUCUUAGGUGGCGGCCACUAUCAACAGGGUAUUGGCAGUUCUCUGGGCGUAGGCGGUGGUGGCUAUUAUCCUAAUGUGAAUUUGGCCUUAAUUAACGGUCAAAAACCCAAACCAAAAAUAGAUGUCAUUGAAACUGUCUACGAUGACAACAAUGGUGGUUAUGUUUAUGGUAAAAAGAAGUAAUUGACAAAUUGAACAAAAUGGAUUUGAAGUAAAGUGAAUAUGGAUUUUGAUAACUGGUUGGCUUAUUUUUAAUAAAAUAUAAUAAUAGUUUUAAGUUUUUGCAAUUGAAAAAAUAUAAUAAAGGAAAUGCUCUAAAAUAA